UACUUCAAUAUACUACUUACCUGUUGCAAUAAAAAGUACGGACAGCUUUGUCAGCCCGUCACUAUACAGUCGACGCGUCGCGAUCGCCACACUUACAUUAAAAUAAGUCCGUCCCGUAUUUUUGAUUUUUUCAUACUUUCGUUACUUACUUUUCGACUCGAACGAUUCGGUUUAAAUUGUGUCUCGCUUUCACUUAUAAUAUUAAUAAAAUUAAACAGUUUAAAAAUUUUGUUUUGGUUUCUUGGUUAUUUUCCGCUGGCUAAAAGAUGACCAUCAGAUGUAUAUAUGAUUUAACAAGGAAAAAAGUGGUCCCAGAAGGCGAACAAACCCAAUUAAAUCGAGUUUUAUCCCUUUUCGAUUUAACCGCUUUGGGGGUUGGGUCAACUUUAGGAUUAGGAGUUUAUAUUUUAGCCGGAUCUGUAGCUAGAAAUCAAGCGGGACCUGCGACAUGUAUUUCUUUUUUAAUCGCAGCAGCUGCAUCAGCGAUAGCAGGUUUGUGUUACGCAGAAUUCGCCUCAAGAGUGCCGAAGGCAGGUUCAGCGUACGUUUACAGCUACGUAAGUGUUGGCGAAUUUGCUGCUUACAUAAUCGGUUGGAACCUUGUUUUGGAAUACGUAAUUGGUACUGCAAGUUUAGCUCGAGGUUUAAGUGAUUACAUUGAUGCUUUGGCCAAUAAUAGUAUGAGCACAGCUUUAACCGAAACGUUUCCAAUCAACCAGUCGUUUUUAUCAAAAUAUCCAGAUUUUUUAUCUCUUGGUUUUGUAAUUUUAUUAACGAUUUUACUUGCUGCUGGUGUGAAAGAAUCAACAUGGUUAAAUAACAUAUUUACAGCCCUGAACAUAACGACCGUUUUAACUGUUAUUAUAUCAGGAAGCAUUGGAGCCGAUAUUAAAAAUUGGCAAAUUAGUAAAGAAGAUAUUCCACCCGAAGUUGAUCAUGGAGGUGAAGGUGGAUUCGCACCAUUUGGAAUUUCCGGAAUAAUUGCUGGUGCUGCAAAAUGUUUUUACGCUUUUGUUGGGUUUGAUACGGUUGCAACAACCGCCGAUGAAGCCAAAAAUCCAAAACGAAAUAUCCCUUUGGCUAUCGUUUUUAGUUUAACGAUUAGUUUUUUGGUUUAUUUUGGAAUAUCCACCGUUCUAACAAUGAUGUUACCAUAUUACGAACAGGAUGCCAAAGCUCCAUUUCCACAUGCUUUUGAACAAUUGGACUGGAUUGCCAUAAAAUGGAUAGUAACAAUUGGAGCAAUAUUCGCUCUUUGUACAAGUUUAAUCGGAGCAAUGUUCCCAUUACCUCGUGUCAUUUAUGCGAUGGCAAGUGAUGGACUUUUAUUCCGAUUCCUUUCCAAGGUUCAUGAAAAAACUAAGACGCCUUUAAUUGCUACUGUGAUAUCUGGAAUCUUAUCAGGUUUUAUGGCUGUUAUGUUCGACGUUGACCAGUUAAUCGAAAUGAUGUCAAUUGGUACAUUAUUAGCUUAUACAAUCGUAGCUAUUUGCGUUUUGGUUUUAAGAUAUACACCGAUCGAAAAGAGUCAAACUCCUGAUUUGGAAUAUACAAAAGAUUCAAGCGGGUCAUUAAAUUCAUUUAUGGUUUUAUUUAAACAAUUAUUUAAUUUAAAUAAUAACAAAGAAGCGAAUGCGUCAACUUCUUUAAUUACAAAUAUUGCGCUUACCGUUUAUGGUUUAAUUUCAAUUGGAAUUUGCGUGUGGAUUUUAUUUUAUCCCGAGUCCGUUGAUCCAGACGAACCUGGAACAUUAACUGGUUUCAUUAUUUUAUGUUUGGUUUUAUUAUUGGUUUUUGCAGUUAUUAUGAGACAACCAGCUGAUGAUGUCGAAUUAUCAUUUAAAGUACCUUUAGUUCCUUUAAUUCCAUGUGUAAGUAUAACGGUGAAUAUUUGUUUAAUGUUAAUGUUGGAGGCCGAAACGUGGAUAAGAUUCGCCGCUUGGUUAGCAGUUGGUUUUGUGAUUUAUUUCGGGUAUGGAAUUAGGAAAAGCUCUGAGAGAAACCGAAAAGAAGUCAACAUGGUGAUGACUGAACCAAAAUCAUCUGUAAAAUCAGAAGAACUCGGAGGAAUAUCUUAACUUAUAAGUAUUAUUUUCAUAAUUUCCUCAGGAAAAGUUAUUACCCAUUAGUCUUAAGAAACGCGUAAAUAUAACGUUUCGAUCUGUGAUUUGUUAUAGUGACCGAUUUUCAAAAAUAAUUCUAUUGUGAAGAUUUUUUAAUGUUUUUAGGAUUAGUUAUUAAUUUGUU